AUGGAUCAUGCUGCAAGAAAGGGAAAUGAAAACCCUCAGGCUGAUCAGAAAAACAAGCAAAUGAUAGAAGUCGGUCGUCAUAAGGACGUGUCGAUCAAAAAGACUCGGAAGAAGAAGAACAACAACAUUGCUGAAGACAAGAGCGAUUUCUCUUCCUCUGCUUCAUUAGCUGUGGUUUUUGGUUCAUCUGCUUCUAAUAUAACCGCCACUUCUUUCAAUAACUCAGUCUACUUGCGAUGCAAUUACAAGAAAUCCACUGGAAACAUCGAGGUGUUGACAAACAGGGGAGCAACCGUCAGACAUGGAGUGGAUGCUACUAAAAUGUCUUACUAUUCAUAUUGGAAAGGCAUCAAAUUCGACCGCAUUAUCUACAACUUUCCCUUCUCUGGUUGCCCCCAAAGUGAAUCACACCAAACCCAGAUGAGGCAGCAUUUGGAGUUGGUGUCGGGUUUCUUGUGGAAUGCAAAGGAGAUGUUGGAAGAGGGCGGACAAAUCCACAUUUCUCAUAAGACGAAUAAGAUUCAUUUGGAUUGGAAUUUGAAGGAAUUGGCUAUGUCGGAAGGGCUUUUAUUGGUUGAAGAAGCAAAAUUCAAUCAAGGUGACUAUCCGGGAUAUGAAACCAAACAAGGGUAUAAAGGUGACAAGAAUUUUCCUUGCAACCCAAGUAGUACAUACAUGUUUGCUUCUAUUCCGACUGGAAAUUGA